GAAGGCCAAGACGAAGACGAAGACGAUUUAGCUGCUCGUGAACGCGCAUACGAUAAAUCCGCGCUCCCUUGUCGCGCGCGCAGUAGACUGCAAAGUGCGGUUAAUGUUUUACGUCGCGUACUAGAGCUCCUCGGGGACUGUAAUUCCACUGAUUUUUUUAAUCGUCCACUUAUCGGUCUUCAGUUAUAGAGAAAGCGAGUUCGGAAAUUAGGUGUUAUUUGAUCAUUCGUGAGUUAAGAUAACAAUAACAACCACGGCUUCUCUUCACCUUGUGUCAGAGUCAGUCCGGUCCACGGGUAUAACCGUCCGAGACUGUUGUGUGGCUUUCUAAUAAGCUAACCCGGUAGAUAGCGCAUUAGCUAGCCAAUACUCUAGCAUCUCUAGGUUUGGCUUUCAUCACCUGCUUUGUGUGGCUUGUUUACAGAAUAACGUUAGUUAGUAGCGCUUUAAUACGUGGGAGACAGCUGAAAAAUAACUUCGAAGGACUGAAUAAUUUUUAUGACUUAGCCCACGCUAGCCUGUAACUAAAAGAAAAACUUAAAUAUUUUAAACAACUAGCUAGCUACAUAUCCUUUGUAUCUAACGCUACCUGACAACACGUUUAAUUCCACCACUAGAAAUAGUCAAGAAUGCUUGUUGGUUUUUUAACUAGACGCUUUCUGGAUUACCAAAGUUACAACUGAGCAGUAAUGAUGUAUUAAUUAUUUUAUCCGUAUCAAGUGAAUUGAUUGUUUCCACGGAUAACCUAAUUUGCCUAUCAACUAGACCGAGACGCUGACCAUGUCUUUUUUUAAUUUUCGGAAAAUAUUUAAGUUGGGUCCAGAGAAGAAGAAAAAGCAAUAUGAUCAUGUUCACAGAGAUGUAAAUCCAGAAGAAAUCUGGCAGAUUAUAGGAGAAUUGGGGGACGGAGCUUUUGGGAAGGUGUACAAGGCUCAGAACAUCCAGUCAGGAACAUUGGCUGCAGCGAAGGUGAUUGACACUACAUCUGAAGAGGAGUUGGAGGACUACAUGGUGGAGAUUGACAUUCUGGCAUCGUGCGACCAUUACAACAUAGUCAAGCUCCUAGAUGCCUUCUACUAUGAGAGCAAACUCUGGAUCUUGAUUGAGUUUUGUGGUGGAGGGGCGGUUGAUGCAGUGAUGUUGGAGCUGGAGAGGCCCCUCACAGAGCCGCAGAUCCGGGUGGUGUGUAAGCAGACUCUCGAGGCCCUUCUCUACCUGCAUGAGAACAAGAUCAUUCACCGCGACCUGAAGGCUGGAAACAUCCUGUUUACACUGGACGGGGACGUCAAACUCGCGGAUUUUGGGGUAUCGGCCAAAAAUACUAAAACACUCCAACGCAGAGACUCGUUCAUUGGAACUCCAUACUGGAUGGCUCCAGAGGUGGUGAUGUGUGAGACGUCAAAGGAUAGGCCGUACGACUACAAGGCCGACAUCUGGUCCCUGGGCGUCACACUCAUCGAGCUGGCCCAAAUCGAGCCCCCCAACCACGAGAUGAACCCCAUGCGUGUGCUGCUCAAGAUUGCCAAGGCCGAGCCGCCCACCCUCAUGCAACCGUCCAAGUGGUCUCCUGAGUUCAGUGAUUUCCUGAGACAUGCGUUGGACAAGAACGUAGACAACAGAUGGAGUGCUGCGCGGCUCUUCCAGCACCCGUUUGUGUCCAGUGUAGCUGAUAACAAACCACUGAGAGAGCUAAUAGCUGAGGCAAAGGCUGACGUCACAGAGGAGAUAGAGGAGUCCGAGGAGGAAGAUCAUGAAGGACAGCUGCUGCUUCCUGGACACAAGCGUGCCUCAUCAGAUGCCAGUGUUGGGAGUUCUGAGGAUGAGAAACUUUCCCAGUCUCCCUCUAUCUUGGAAGUGGUUCCAGAGAAAAUUGAGGAGAUUGUUGUUCCCAAGAUUCCAGAUGUGGACCUGCGAAAUGAGCUGUGUGAACAAGACACCUUUAACGUGCAGGUGAACCACAUUCUGGAAACACCAACACCUACUGUUGAAGAACUGUCAAAGACACUAAGCUCAACUGUAAAAUCCCAAGAGCCUAAAGAGGAGAAGAACCCUGUAGAAGUCUCUGAAGUUGUUCUCAAACCAGAAGUUCCUUCUUCUCAACCAGACAUUAUGAAGUCAGGUGAAAAGAUUGAAGAGAGAGAACAGCCAGCACAAGAAAAGAAGAAAGUGGACACAGCUCAAAACGAAAGUAUAAUGCAAGAUAAUGAUAAAGUGCCAAAGGAAGUUGUCACCGCAGCUUCCUGUCCAUCCGAAACCUCCAGUGAGGAAGUGAUGAUUCCAGUCACUCCCAUCAAACAGGAUGACGUACCUGUGCCUGAGGACAAACCUACACCAUCAUGCUCCCCUGUGAAAGAAAAAGAGAAAAGAGGAGUGGAGGAAGGAAAGUCCACAGUAGAGAAUGAGAAGGAGAGGAAGCCCAGGUUUCAGAAGAAGGACUCCAGGAGUGGACCAGCAGCAGAUGACAGCAACAUAGACCUGAAUUUGUCAAUCUCCAGCUUUGUAAGCAAAUCUAAGGAGCAAGGAUCCAUGCAGGACACAAAGCGUCAGAAGAAGACCCUGAAGAAAACCCGCAAGUUUAUUGUGGACGGCGUGGAAGUCAGUGUAACAACAUCCAAGAUCAUCACAGACAAUGACACCAAAAACGAGGAGAUGAGAUUCUUAAGGCGUCAGGAGCUUCGAGAGCUGAGACUGUUGCAGAAGGAGGAGCAGAGGGCCCAACAGCAGCUGAGCACAAAGCUCCAGCAACAACGCGAGCAGAUCUGCAGACGCUUUGAGCAGGAGACCACGGGUAAGAGGCGGCAGUACGACACGGAGGUGGAGACCCUGGAGCGGCAGCAGAAGCAGACCAUCGAGCGGCUGGAGCAAGAGCACACGAGUCGCUUGCGUGACGAGGCCAAGAAGAUGAAGGCCGAGCAGGAGCGGGAGCUCUCCAAGUUCCAGAGUGUGCUGAAGAACUGCAAGAAGGAGGAGCAGGAGUUCCUGCAGAAGCAGCAGCAGGAGUUGGAUGGCGCGCUCAAGAAGAUUAUCCAGCAGCACAAGCACGAGCUGGCCACCACCGAGCGCGACUGCCUCAACCACAAGCAGCAGCUGCUCCGAGCUCGGGAGGCAGCCAUGUGGGAGCUGGAAGAGCGUCACCUGCAGGAGAAGCACCAGCUCUACAAGCAGCAGCUCAAGGACCAGUACUUUAUGCAGAGGCACCAGCUGCUCAAGAGACACGAGAAGGAAAUGGAGCAGAUGCAGCGCUACAACCAGCGGCUGCUAGAGGAGUUGAAAACGCGGCAGGCCCAGGAGCGCACCAGGCUUCCCAGGUUCCAGCGAGGGGACGCCAAGACCCGCAUGGCCAUGUUCAAGAAGAGCCUUCGCAUCACCUCAGCGGGCGCCACGGCCGAGCAGGAGAGGGAGAAGAUCAAACAGUUUGCUUUGCAGGAGGAGAAGAGGCAGAAGAACGAGAGGCUCCAUCAGCAACAGAAACAUGAGAACCAGAUGAGAGACUUGCAGCUGCAAUGUGAUGCCAACAUCAGAGAACUGCAGCAGAUACAGAAUGAAAAAUGCCACCUGCUGAUUGAGCACGAAACACAGAAGCUGAAGGAGCUGGAUGAGGAGCACAGUGCUGAACUGAAGGACUGGAGAGAGAAGCUGCGGCCCAGGAAGAAGGCGCUGGAGGAAGAGUUUGCAAGGAAGCUUCAAGAGCAGGAGGUCUUCUUUAAGAUGAGUGGUGACUCCGAGUGCCUUAACCCAUCCACCCAAAGCCGCAUCUCCAAGUUCUACCCUGUCCCCACUGUUCACUCCACCGGGUUUUAACACCCACUCGCAUGCAUACACGCAUGAUGGCACACGCAUACAUAAACCGACUAGGGCAUUGCAAGGAGCAUGCAUACCUGUGUAUUUAAUAAACUUAUAUAAAGGCAUAAUAACUCUAAGCUACAUUAUGUGCUACGUUCUAAGCUACGCAAGUGGGUUUUAGCGUGGUGUUAUGAGAGAUUUUCAGCACACGCUGUAAGAGAGGAACGCAACUGCACUAUUGUGACUGAACCUUGGAUGCCUUAGCCCUCUAGUCUUAUAAGUGGGCUUAUAAGAUGGGGGGUAAUUUGCUCUGUAAAGAGGGUUUACCCCUUCUUUUCUGAGUCUGUGGGAGGAUUAAGCCACUCCUGUAAGCUGCAAGACACGGGUUGUGUUUUGUUUUGCGUUUUUUGUUUUCAGCCUUUUUUUUUUUUUUUCUUCAAGCCUAAUGAAGAUGAACAUAAAGUACAGUAUUUGUUGAAGAAAUGAUGACCUUAGUUAAUUAAAGGAAGCCUUCCUUUACCACCCUAUAUAUUUUGGAGUGUUUUGUUUGUUUAGGUUUUUUUUCUGUCUCUUUAGUGGCUCUUGUGCCUGUAUCUGGUGCCUGGAUUUUUUUCCUUUUUAGAAGUGAAAUUUUACACAAAUGACCCCCAUUGCACUAGCAAGUGGAAAAUGUUAAAGCUAGAAACAGGCUGGUGUCAUGAGUGAAAUCAGUAGAAUGAAAUAUCAGUAAAGAGUUGAGGGAAAAUAUUUAUUUGACAAAUCAUGACAAAUGUGAAAAAUGAAAAUGAAAUGAAGGAACUGAAUUCCAUGAACUUUUAAUUAUACAAAUUGUGGUUGAAAUGCACAGAUGCUUUAAUAAUUAUUUUUGUUUUUAAUAUUAUUGCAGUGUGAAUGUUUCCUGGAUUUAAAAAAAAAGAAAAGUGAAUUUGAAAUGUUCUUGUGAUGUCUUUCUGACUGGCUCAGCUUUAAGCGUACUGUAUUUGGUUAGGUAUGUUCAUGUAUGUAUGCAUAUCAGUUCAAGAUUAUGCAAACCUAAAACUGGUCACUGUGGUAUGAAAAGUGUCUAUAGCAUUUUAUAGUAAUAAUAUGCAAUAUGAAAGGUGUGAAUCUCACUAAAAACAUACCAGCUCCAGUUUGAUCUAAAAGUCUAAAGAAAAAGAAAUGUUCUGUCUUGCAUUUCAGUGCCAAAUACUGUCUGUGGUUAUUUUGGAACUAGAAUACAUGCUUUUACAGGUUAAUUUUGCUGUUAGCAACACCAUAGUUUCUUACUUAAUGAUUUUGUAUAAAGUAAAUCCUUGUGGGUUUUUUUUUCUUUCGAUUUUUCCCUAUUUGUAUCUGUGCUUAUAGGAAAUGCGAUAUCUUUAACAUUAUUUCAUUUGAGUUACAGUACUUUAAACCACAAAAGACACUGAAUUUAAAGUGCAUAUACCAUUAAUUGAUUAUGCUGUAAACAUCUUUAAAAAACUCAAGAAGUAGAUACAUUUGUCUUAUUAAAUAGAAAAAAAGUUUUAAAAGAAACCUAAUGGCACUUUAAGUUGCUUUUGUUUUUGUGCUGCAGUGUGAUUGGCUUCAGAGCAUCAGUGCUUUUACUUAUAUUUAGUAAACCACUAGCCUGAUGAACGCAA